AGGAGGAAUGCACAGUCAAGCAUAUCCGUACAGCAUUCUGCAGGGUGGUGCUUCCUGACCCAUGGAGAAUUACUUCCAGGCAGAAGCCUUUAACCUCGACAAGGUGCUGGACGAGUUUGAGCAGAACGAAGAUGAGACAGACACUCCGACUCUUUCUGACGCUAAGUGGACCCAGAUUUUGGCUCCGUCCACCCACCUGUUGUCCCUGAACCCUGCCAUCGGUAAUGCCGAUGAGGACCUGUGUCCCCAGGACCCUCCUCCACUGAGCAUCAAGCCCCUUGAAGACUGUUCGUAUGGGACCGGGGCAGACCUGUCCAACGGUGAUGAGCGGGGGCCUGCCUCGGAGCCAGAGGCCUGGGUCGACACCAGAUCACCAUCCCCUCAGCCCAACAUUGGCAAGCUAGUAAACAGCAAGAGCGAGGUUCCAGCAGCCCCAUUCUCCACAGCAGUCCGGAGGACAGACUCUGAGAAUUGUGCACCAGUACUGGAGAACGGUUGUCCAGAUGUCAACGGUUGCUCCGAAGAGCUUGAUUGCUCUGAAGACCUUCCUUCCAUCAACCAAACAAAGAUCUCACAGCCCCACAGUGAUGCCCUUGAACAGCAUGUGGAAAUGGAGGGCAACUGCUUUAAAGAAUCUCAUUUUUCCAUUGAAGAGGAGAAGAGGCAUCUUGGGACGCUUGGAGUUGAAGACCUCACUCUGAACGAGAUGCAGAAGUUGCAGGAUUACAACAGCAUCAUAGGGUCACCGAAGGGACAACAUGACCUGGAUGUACGAAAGAAGCCUUGGGCCAGAGAGGAAGAUGUCAUAGCAUCAUUGGGGGUUGAAGGGCACAGCGAAGGGUUGGAGUCAGAUGCCAUAACUCAUACAGAAAAGAUCCUGAACGGAGAGAUUGUGGAACUGAGUGACAGUGAAGAGACCUGCAUGUGUGUUAAAGGCAUUUCAGCACAGGAGACAUUCACCAUUAUGGACGCAAAAGAGAAAGAGGAGAGCGAUGGCACAAUUUUGAGCAUCUCUUCAGGGGGAGAAAAGCAAACCGAGGCAACUUUACAGGGAGAUUUACACUUUCCGGUUCACUCGCCGGAAGGCUUGGAGGUGGAGGAGUCAAGUUUUUUGCCGGACGACAGGUCCUCCCAGGCGCCCCUCUCAAAGGAGGACUCUGUGACAGAGGAGAAAGAGGUGGAAGAGAGCAAGCUGGAGUAUAAUGACCAAACCCGUGGCGUAGAGGCGGGGGGCACAGGAUUGGGUGCAAGCUCCCUGAAUUUUGACAGCGGCCGACUCCAGCCGGCCAGCGUCCCAUACGGAGGGGCACGACCCAAGCAGCCUGUCAGCACAAAGCCGCAGGGUACGAGGCUGCUUUCAGGCCAGGCUCUGAAUGAGCCGGGCCUGCACGGCAAGAACAAGAACCUGGAGCACCAGUUUGAGCCUGGAGCGGACCUGUCCUCUACUGACGGUUAUGAGGAGGACUCGGGUCUGGCCCGAGUGAAUGGUGAAAAUGGAGAAAGCUUUAAUUUAGGAGGAGAUGUAACGCCAUCUCGGCUGCUGUCCCAUGAGAGCCCAGACAACGAUGUCCAAGCUGGGCACCUUGGGUUACUCUCCAAAAAGCCAUUCAGUGCUCUGGGGGAAGUGGCCCCUGUUUGGGUCCCAGACUCCCAGGCACCCAUCUGCAUGAAGUGUGAGGCCAAGUUCACCUUCACCAAGCGGAGACACCACUGUCGAGCCUGCGGAAAGGUGUUCUGCGCAACCUGCUGCAGCCUGAGGUGUCGACUCAUGUACAUGGACAAGAAAGAAGCACGCGUCUGCAUCACCUGUCACUCUGUGCUGACGAACAGUGAGUCGUGGGAGAACUCGACUGGAGCUUCUAACCAGAGCCCAAACCCCAACAACCCGGCAGAGUACUGCUCCACCAUCCCCCCACUUCAGCAGGCCCAGGCCUCUGGAGUGCUCAGAUCGCCUCCACCCACCGUCAUGGUGCCUGUCGGCGUCCUCAAGCACCCAGGUGCUGAAGGAAGCAUUUCCCGGGAGCAAAGGAGGGUGUGGUUCGCCGACGGGAUCCUUCCCAACGGGGAAGUGGCCGACUCCUCCAAGAUGGCAGCCAGCAUCCCUGCCCCUUCAGCCCCCCUGACCGUGACGCAUGAGUGCGACAAACUCACAGCAGCCGACAUGCCGGGGGCUAUCUCCGUCCCCCCCGCCCCGGGUUCGGGAGCCCAGGCAGGCAGCCCCGUGGGCAGUUCGGUCAACCUGAUCCCCGAGGACGGGCUCCCUCCCAUCCUCAUCUCCACCGGCGUCAAAGGAGGUACGGGGAGCCAGCUCACAGAUUACGCUGUGGAGGAGCGGCCGUCUGAGAUCCUGCUGAUGCAGCAGCUGGAGGAGGGCGGGCCAGACCCCCUGGUGUUCGUGCUCAAUGCCAACCUGCUGGCCAUGGUCAAGCUGGUUAACUAUGUGAACAGGAAGUGCUGGUGUGUGACCACCAAGGGCAUGCACGCGGUGGGCCAGGCCGAGGUGGUGGUUCUGCUGCAGUGCCUCCCGGACGAGAAGAGCGUCCCCAAGGACGUCUUCAGCCACUUCGUGCAGCUCUACCAGGAGGCCCUCGCAGGCAACGUGGUGGGCAACCUGGGCCACUCAUUCUUCACCCAGAGCUUCUUAGGCAGCAAGGAGCAUGGAGGCUUCCUCUUCAUCAGCCCGACCUUCCAGUCCCUGCAGGACCUGCUGCUGCCCAACCCACCCUACUUCUUCGGCAUCCUCAUCCAGAAGUGGGAGACCCCCUGGGCCAAAGUCUUCCCCCUCCGCCUGAUGCUCCGGCUGGGAGCGGAAUACAGAUUCUACCCCUGCCCGCUGUUCAGCGUCCGUUUCAGGAAGCCUCUGUUUGGAGAGACCGGCCACACCAUCAUGAACCUUCUGGCGGAUUUCCGUAAUUACCAGUACACGUUGCCAGUGGUGACAGGCCUUGUGGUGGACAUGGAGGUUCGGACUACGUACAUCAAGAUACCAAGCAACCGCUAUAAUGAGCUGAUAAAGGCCAUGAACAAAUCCAAUGAGCACGUGCUCGCCAUGGGGGCGUGUUUCAACGAGCACGCUGACUCCCACCUCGUCUGCGUGCAGAAUGAUGACGGCAACUACCAGACCCAGGCAAUCAGCAUUCACAACCAGCCACGCAAAGUUACAGGCUCCUGCUUCUUUGUGUUUAGUGGAGCUUUGAAGGCAUCAUCUGGAUAUCUGGCCAAGACCAGCAUCGUAGAAGAUGGUUUGAUGGUGCAAAUAACAGCAGAGAUGAUGGAGGCUCUGCGACAGGCCCUUCGGGAGAUGAAGGACUUCCACAUCCCCUGUGGAAAGGCGGACCAGGAGGAGUGCCAGGAGCAUAUCCACAUACAGUGGCAGGAGGAUGAUCGCAACUUCAACAAGGGGAUCAUCAGCCCCAUCGAUGGGAAAUCCAUGGAGUCCAUAACCAGUAUCAAAAUCUUCCAUGGGUCCGAGUACAGGGCCAGCGGGAAGGUCAUUCGCUGGACAGAGGUGUUCUUCUUGCAAAGCGAGGACCAGCCAAAUGGCCUCAGCGACCCUGCUGACCACAGCCGUCUGACGGAGAAUGUAGCACGAGCUUUCUGUGUCGCACUGUGCCCUCACCUCAAACUGUUGAAAGAAGAUGGCAUGGCCAAGCUGGGGCUACGUGUCACGCUGGACUCUGACCAGGUGGGAUACUUAGCAGGCAGUAAUGGACAGCCCCUGCUCCCUCAAUACAUGAAAGACCUGGACAGUGCCCUGGUGCCAGUAAUCCAUGGUGGAGCUUGUCAGUUGAGUGAGGGACCUGUGGUCAUGGAGCUUGUCUUCUAUAUCCUGGAGAACAUCUCCUAAAAAAGGAUAAUCUGAUCCGCUCAUCUCCUCAAGGAGGACUGUGUUAACCACCCGUCUCCUAAAGGUGGACUGUCAUCCAGUCAUGUCCUAAAGGAAGAUAAUGUCAAUCUUUCCCUCUUUUCCCUUCUCCUGCCUCAUCCCACCCACCCAAUCAUCUGCAAAUCCAAGAGCCUGAAAGCUGUGCUGAAAACGUACUCCUCCGGAUCUUCUAUGCACCAUAUCCAACUACUUUCCAGGCCUGGGCAGCCAAUAGACUCCCAUCAUCAUGGGCUUCCAUGCAGCAGCGGCGUCCCUUCCCAUAAUUCCACUGUGGGACAGAAGCGGAGGCGGCGCGGUCUCGGUCUUGGCGCUGUACCGGACUGGAGACCUGUCUGUAGCACCCACGUGCUGGCAGGGCCCCCCAAAACUCGCCCGCAGCCGUGGGACCUCCGCCUGGGCCAGGGUCUUCGGUCGAGGAACAGCCGACGGUCAUUCUGCCGCAAC